AAAAAUAUGCAUAUAUUAGCUCAAAAUUUACGAAGAUACCUGCGUAAAGAUUUUGCCACCAACCUUAGAGUAUUAUCAACAGGUAAUAACGAUGCAGCACUAGGAACAAUAGCGGGGAUCCGAAAUUGGCAUGAAUGGUCUUGGCCUGAUAACGAGACUGAAGCAGGGUACAUUUAUGCAAGGUCUUUACCCGGAAUCGACUCCUGGAAAAAAUUCACACCUGAAAGUAUACAAAAAAUCAUCAAGAAACGUGUUAUAAAAAAACCAGAACCUACUAUCACUUCACAUAGCCAUCCAAGCAAAUCUUGGACUAUGCCAAUGCCAGAAAUUCAAGGUGACAAAAAUUUAUAA